UAGAAUCAGUUUUGUGUUUAACAUCCGUAAAAACAAGAUCUAUUGACUUUUUAUGAAUAAUCAGUGGUGAUUAAGUGCACACUCUUUGUUGUUAAUUACAGUUUAACUUAUAGUACAUUGUUAUAAUUUUAUAAAAAUAAUUGCAAAAUGCCAAAGGAUUUAAAAAGACGAAAACCGUCACACUCAAGUAAGGUUAAGCGUAAAACAAGGAGAACAAUAGUUACAUCAAGUCAUUCACCGAGUCCACCCUUGUCGCAAAAUGAAGGAGAAUCUAUCGAAUCUAAUGAAACAGCUGUUUUAACAUGCAGUGAACUAAACAUUCCAUUGUCAUUGCAAAAAGCUGAACCCUUGACAGAUAUAGAACCAGUAAUAGGUUUAUCAUUGCAGGAUUGUAACAAUUUACAUUCCUCAGAGAAUGGCCAUUCUAUACCAGAUAUCUAUAACUGCAACAUAUUUAACAAAGAAGUGAUGGACGGACAUGUUGCUAAAUUAUUUGAUCAUCUUCGUUGCUCUGAUGAAGUAAUAUCUCUAUUACCAAAUAAAUCUUGGGGUAUGCACUGCACAGAUGUUCCAAUUAAGCGGAUAGUUUUAGGAGAACUGAUUUUAUAUAACUUACAUGGGAGAGGCUUUGAACCUUUUUAUGUAAAACAGAUUAUAUUUGAUGAAAAGCUUAAUUUUGAAAUUUUCUUAUUAAACACACGAGCUGUAUUAAAAGAAAAAAUACCACCAAUUCGAUCAGUGUCAGAUUUCGAAUCAGUUUUAGACUAUGUUAAUAGUUUAAAGUUAUGUUCAGGAGGACCAGAUUUUAAUAAAUAUAAUAAAGUUACUCCAGAGUGUGCAUAUAAAGAUCAGUUAAAUAAAUGGAGGCAUAAUUUGUGUACCCUAGAAGUUACAGAUGGUGAUGUAUGUGAAUCAUGUGCCUCAUUAGACGAUGUAUUAAAACGUCAUGCACAAAGAAUUCAUUCUCCUCUGAAAUCUCGUAAUUGUGUAACACUCACAAGACGAAGGAAACUGGGUACGAAAUACAUACAUAAGACAUAAAAAAAUUUGUAAAUCUUACAUUGAAUAUAAUGACACCACUCCGUGUCUAUUUUUUUAAUUCUUGUUGAUAAUUUUGUCCUGCGAUCAAACGUAUCAUUUCAAUGUUUCUAUAGUUUAUAUAAUAAUAGCGUUAGUCUCAUUUAAAAAUUUUCAUUUCUUAAAUAAAUUUACAAAAUAAAAAACACGAAAAUAAGGAACAAUAGAUUUUAUACUCACUUAAAAAUAUCAAAUAUUAUUUUUUUAAUUGACUAAAAAUAAUGCUAUUAAUUUUUGUUGAUUUUUUGUAAUUUGAUUCCUUGGAAUAAUAAAAUAAG